AUGAUGGCCGCUACCGCAGUUAUUGGACUCAGCACUGGUAAAAGACUUCUCAGUUCUAACUUCUACUGUUCUGAUUUUGUCGAAAAGGUUGCCUGCACGGCUGCACCGGUGAUCAGCAUGACAUCCACAAUUCUUAGGGCUGUUAAAGAGCAUGUAGACACUGCCUCCAGUCCUUGUACUGUGGAGGAGCCAUGGCCACAGGGAGAGGAAACCUCUGAACCUGAUUACUUGGUGAAUGCUCUCGUUUUACUGCAGAAGUCUAUGCUCGAAAAGCAAUGGAAUCUUUCGCCUGAUACGGCUGUAAUAACUGAUUUGCCGAGAGAGAAAGGCCAGAAGAAAGUGCAGUUAACUGGUUCUGGGACAUCUGCUCCAAGGAGGAGAACUGAUUCUCGAAGAGAACUGAUUCUCGAAGAGAGUUUGAACACUGCACAAAUUGGUAAAGCAAGGAGUUGA